AUUUCUUUACAAAAUGUGAAUUUAAACUGAUAUCUAGGAGGGACUUAGCCAUGUUUUGUGUAUUGUUUGAUAUUGACUAUACUAAGAUUGUUAAAAUAAGGACAGCUCAUAGUGUUAUAUUAACAUGUGAAUGAGGGUUUUGUUUUGAAGGAGUUUAGCAUGUGAACUGUCGGGAUGUAUAUUUUCUUAGCAACAGUUAUCCUCCCUGUAUUACGUUUAAUCUCGGCACAGGGCCAGCAUACAGCCAGCGCGUGUUUUGGAAACGGAAAUAACGACUGUUAUAACCUGAUCCUUGACGCAUGCAAUGCUGGUGAACGCAUAGAACUGAUAAGCCAACAGUAUGGCUACAAAGAGGGAAGGUGUCCAGUUAAAGGAAAGGAUUGUACAGAUCCAAACAAUGGUUGCUGUGCCUUCAACACGCUAGACUGUAUUGGUGAAUACACCCGUCUACACGCCUUCAAUCUUCACAGCACAUGCUCAGGGAAACCGAAGUGCCAGACAGUCGCUGUACAAAACAGACUCUCUUGUGGUCGGUUCUCAGGAUACGCCACCAUUGAUUAUGACUGUGUUCCUGAGGCUCUCAGUUUCUGCAGUGACAAAAUGCUAACACGUUCAUUCGUUGACGUCAUAUUUGAUCAGUCGACGCCAUAUUCUAACAAGACAGAGUGCACAUGCAGCGUGACGUCAUCGGAUAACAUCAUUGUGGAAUAUGUUGACGUCAGAAUGUUCAAGGCGCAGAAUACUUUGCAAGGAUCUGAAUGUCCCUCGGCAUCGUUAGCGAUUUCUACGACGUUUGUAAAUACAGGUUGUGUGUCAACUUUGAACGAAGAAGACAAUUUUAAAUACGAUGAAGUUAAUACGACAUUUUCUAAAAACGUUGAACUGCUGCUUACUAAUCUAUAUAAGACUGGCCCAUUGGACUUACCUGAAUUUGUAUGGAUUAAAGUGUCUGCGGAAAACGACGCAGACGUUACUGUGAAGUGUGCCCGUACUGUCCAGACACCAACGGCACGCCCGACCACCGCGGAAUCCACUUCCGGUGGAGACCCAGGUACCUCCAGCACCCCGAUUACAUCAACUUACAACACUACGGAUGCUUCCGGAAACCUGAAAGACGGAGGUAUAAAUACGGGAGUGGCAGUGGCGGUAGUGCUCGUUCUCCUGAUUCUGAUAGCCGCCGCUGGGGCCUUUUUUUACUUUUACUGCUAUCGCAGACGCGGAUUCAGAUUUGGCAAAAAGCAGGCACCAAAAGCGGCGUUACCAGGUGCUGUAGCAAAUGCCAAUUAUAGCGUCGAUGGUGAGCAGGAAGAGGAAUAUGCUGAAAUAGGGUUCGUACCGGAAACCUCAACUUCAACGCCAAAUUAUGACCCCGUUUAUGUACCGAAGGGAAACUCCCCUAACUAUGACCCCGUUUACGUUCCCAAUGGGCCACAGUACGAUCAAGUUUAUGUCCCUGGUGCACGAAAGAGUAAUGAGUAUGUUUCGCCUCCUUCUUUAGAAAAUGGCGGCGCACACAGUUUUGAGAAUAGUGUUGAUGUAAAUAGACCUGUUCAACCAAAGAAAAGUGCUUUAGGAAAGAUAAAGCAAAAGAAAGAUAAACUAUUUUCUUACUUUAAGAAACAAGAUAACCUUUCUCCGAAUGUUACAGACCAUCCACGCAUCAGUAACGCCUCCUCUGCAUCAUAUGACCAUUUGCACAAAAUAGCCCAUGCAAAGGUUGAAAUAAGGCAGCCAAUAUUACAGAAAUCAACAAAUACUGGAAAUCACAUAUAUUCUCACACUGGUGCUAUAGAUUUGCAGAAUUCGCAUCAGGACAAUAAAGAUGUGCAAUCACCUGCUAAUUCACCAAAGAACAUGGAAAAAGAAGCAAGUGCUGUAGAGCUUGCCGAUGCUUACAUUGAGUUUAAGCUAGAUCCAACAGCAGGCGAUAGACUAGCAACGUUUGGUGUUUCAAGUGAAAACAUUCGCCCCGAACCGCCUUCCCGACCCCCUCCGUCGCCAAGAUUGACCCCUGGUUCUAUAAACGAAGUUUCGUCAAAUACGAGUCCGAUUUUGGACACUUUGGAGAAGAUGCCGAAAUCCAAUAGCUUGUCUCCAAAGCAAAUACAAGUCGAAGGCAAUCAACUUAAAUACGAUUACGCAAAAGGGUCGCUUACACCAAGUCCACGAUUAUCACCGAGGGAGUCCGUGCAUUUGGACGAAAAUAGUCCACCAAUGUAUGACUACGCAGAUGUUAGUGACAAUGAAACAAAUAGAAAUUUAGACGAUAGUAGAGAUUCUACUUAUGAAGAUGUUGAUGCGAAGCUUAAAGCAGCAAGUUUAAAACUGAAACAAACUGCUGCAAAUACUUUAAGUCCCCAUGAUUCCACAGAAUAUCUGGAGCCAAUAAACAAAAGAUCGCGAUCAUCUUCUCCGCGUAAUUUAGAAAAUUCCAACGCACUUAAAGAGAAUACACAUGCUGGAUCUGUAUUUACAAAUAAAGACUCAAACGUUAAGUUCAACAUCGGGAAUGAAGUCCUAGACGCGAAAAAGAAGCUGCAAAAACCAAAAGAUAAAACACAGAAAGUACAAACAGCGAAACAAAAUGAAACUGUUGUAAGCACAGCUAAAACGGCAGGUUCGGUUUUAGAUGAACUUAAAGUGAAAAAUAAAGAAAAAAGGAAACCAGAUAGCGUUGAACCGAAAAAAGGUAAUGUUGAAACCAAAGCAGGUGCGAUCAAGGGUGCAAAUAAACAGAAGAAGAGUGUUGUUAAGAGUGAUAAUGUUAAUACUAAAGAUUAUGCAGAUGUUGGUGAGCUAGCAAGAGCUGGAGGAGUUUCCGACAUGAAGAAAAUGUUUGAAACUCGAGACGGAAGUGAAAGUGAAUCUUCACGUCAAAGUUCACCAAGAGAUGCUCCUACAAAAAUCAAUAUGGGACCUAGUAAAUUAAUGUUAAGGAAGGACGUAACCAAAUCCAUAUCUGACGCAUAAGAUACUCUUCAUCUCAUCUUUAAUACGUAUAUAAGUAUUACAAUUUGCCUUGAUGAAGUUUAUGCUUACCUAAAUGGGCAUACCAGGUAGUUAUGAUACACAAGAUUUGGGUUUAAAAGUACAGCAUUGGAAAAUACAGAAAUCAAGUUUAACUAUACUAUAGUACAUUUUUGUUAAACGUAAUGUUUGUUUAAAUAUAUGAUUAAAUAACAAGUUAAACUCUCUGGUCCUUGUCCAGGUGUCUUAGAUCUUCCUUCUCUCAUUCGCUUCCAAUUAGUCUAAGAUUAAAACUCCGUGAAACUCUUCAUAUCCGUGUCCGAGAUUUAGUAUACAUGUAUAUGCACACCAUAGUUUUCAUAAAAACACACCUUUAUUCGGAGGAAGGACAAUUAUGUUAUUUUAGUAUCUACCUCGAAGCACCGCGUAUAUGCAAAUUAAACAUAUCCGACCUUACGUUGACUUCAGCAUUGUUGUUUCAAUGAGCAACGGAUGCAUAAUAGUAGUUAAAAGGCUGUUAUGAACUUUAUAAAACAUAGUACUUUUUCCAUAUUCACUGAAGUAUAUAUAAAACAUUUUUAUUUUUUUUAUUUUUUGAUAUACAUUGUAAACUGCAUAAUUGUAUUUUCCAUUUGCUUACCAUUUUAUAAAAGGUCACUGUAGUUGCGCAUGUGCGUUCAAUAUUUUACCUGAUUCAACUUGUAUUAUAAACGGUCACUGUUGCGCAUGUGCGUUUAAUAUUUUACCUGAUUCAACUUGUAUUAUAAACGGUCACUGUUGCGCAUGUGCGUUUAAUACUUUACCUGAUUAAACUUGUAUUAUAAACGGUCACUGUUGCGCAUGUGCGUUUAAUAUUUUACCUGAUUAAACUUGUAUUAUAAACGGUCACUGUUGCGCAUGUGCGUUUAAUAUAUUACCUGAUUAAACUUGUAUUAUAAACGUAAUAAUUUUAUUCAUAAGGAUUAAGGCAUACCCGGUACUAUGAAAUGUAAUAAAAUCCAUAUUUCACAAGCAUGUAUAAAGUUACGUUUUAAUGUAUUG